AUGGUGACUCCGGAGUCCCAGCAUACCGAUUCAAUGGCCUCGUUUGCGCCCACAAGACACUUUAUCCGUGUCUCGCUCGCCUGUGUCCAGUGCCGAUCGCGACAUCUAAAAUGUGAUGCAAAGGCCCCUCGAUGCUCUCGCUGCCAGGCAGAUGGGAAACAAUGUACCUAUCUCAAGUCUCGCCGUGGUGGACGGCGCAGACCGGCCUCCUCGCCCUCUCCUGUCCCAGCAGACCUCCCCAUGCACGCCUUGCCGCCGGACUGCACCUCGCUCCCCGUACCAGACGAGAAUGUGUUCAACGAUGUCUACUCCGGAGUUCCCAGGUCCAUUCCAAUGGUAACGCCAACUCGUGCAACCACAAGCAGCGGCAGCAGUCCUACACACUCAGAGGCGCAGACGGACGACCUGCUCAACAUGUACUACAAGUACUUUCACAUCUCCCAUCCUUGCGUCCUCCCCAGAUGGUCCUUUCAGAUACGGCUGGCCCAGGACCCCGUCACCAUGCGCCCACUACUAUUGACCAUGCAGUACAUCGGUGCCCUCUUCACUCCCUCGGUAUCUUCCACCUCCCUGGAACCGGAGGUCCUGCAGGCCUUUGCGGAGUUUCGGGCUUCCGGCGCAAAACCAACCGGAUACCACGUCCAGGCCCUGCUGCUGUACUCCAUCGCCGUAUACUGGUGCAACGAAAUCGAACGAGGGCUGAAGCUGCUCGAUGAAACGAUCCGGAUAGCCCUCGAUCUGGAGAUGCACCUAGAUUCGUUUGCGCAGCGUUAUGGUGAAAACAAUCGGCUGCUGGAAGAGAGCUGGAGGCGGACCUGGUGGCAGCUAUACGUCGUCGACGGUCACGUUGCCGGGAGUACUCACACCUUUCCCUUUAGAACAAGUCAUAUCCAGCCCACGACAGCUCUUCCGUGUGAAGAAGAAUUCUACGAGAAGGGGAAACGUAUGGUAAGAACUGUAUAG